CUCCAGCGGCGGCCGCGAGAAGAGGAGCCAAGUCGGAGCUCGCGGGUCGCUCAAAACUUCGCUGCGGGUCGUUUGUAAGGAGGAGGGGGGGGAAGGCAUGCAACGACCACCCCAUCCCCUCGCCUCUGCCUGAAUAAAAAGCCAGGGCUGCAAAGCGAAGCUUCGGAUUUGGAGUUGGGGAGUGGGGGUUUUUUUCUUUCUUUUUCUUUUUCUUUUCUUUUCUUUUUUGGGUGCUUCUCCGCCUGCCUGUCCCGCCGAAGCCACGAGAUGGGAGUUUUCCAGGUGUCUCGUCUUGGCUGUUUCCUAGGUCUCUGGGCCUUCGUAGCGGGUCAAGGGCCGGAAUUUAGCUACGGCUGUGCGGAAGGAAGUUGCUAUCCGGCUACCGGCGACUUGCUGAUUGGCCGAGCCGACAAGCUGACGGUCACCUCCACCUGUGGCCUUCGCAAACCUGACCCAUUCUGCAUUGUCAGCCACCUCCAGGAGGACAAGAAAUGUUUCACGUGCAAUUCGCGAGAUCCGUUCCACGAGACCCUGAAUCCUGACAGCCACCGCAUUGAAAACGUGGUGACGGCUUUCGCUCCGAACCGCCUGAAGCUGUGGUGGCAGUCCGAAAACGGAGUAGAAAAUGUGACUAUCCAAUUGGAUCUAGAGGCGGAAUUCCAUUUCACUCAUCUCAUUAUGACCUUCAAGACCUUCCGGCCUUCUGCUAUGUUGAUUGAAAGAUCCUCAGACUUUGGCAAAACUUGGCAGGUCUACCGAUACUUUGCCUACGACUGUGAGAAUUCGUUCCCCGGCGUGUCCGCCGGACCGAUGAAGAAAGUGGACGACAUUAUUUGCGACUCCCGCUAUUCUGACAUUGAACCUUCCACGGAGGGAGAGGUCAUUUACCGAGUUUUGGAUCCGGCUUUUCGAAUAGAAGAUCCCUACAGUCCUAGGAUUCAAAAUAUGUUAAAGAUUACAAAUUUAAGAAUCAACUUUGCCAAGCUGCACACCCUGGGAGACAACCUCCUGGAUUCAAGAAUGGAGAUCAAAGAAAAGUAUUAUUACGCCAUCUAUGACAUGGUGGUGCGCGGGAACUGCUUCUGUUACGGACAUGCCAGCGAAUGCGCCCCGGUGCAUGGCUACGAUGAAGAGGUGGAAGGAAUGGUCCACGGCCAUUGCAUGUGUCGGCACAACACCAAAGGUUUAAACUGCGAGCAGUGCUUGGAUUUUUACCACGAUUUGCCAUGGCGUCCCGCGGAAGGCCGGAACAGCAACGCCUGCAAAAAGUGCAAUUGCAACGAGCAUUCUGGGCAGUGCCAUUUUGACAUGGCUGUUUACGUCGCCACGGGAAACACCAGCGGUGGGGUGUGUGACGAUUGCCAACACAACACGGCGGGACACAAUUGUGAGCAGUGCAAGCCCUUCUACUUUCAACAUCCGGAGAGGGAUAUCCGCGACCCCUAUAUUUGCGAACCGUGCAACUGUGACCCGGUUGGCUCGGAGAACGGCGGAAUCUGUGAUCGCUACACUGACUACUCGGUCGGCCUCAUCGCAGGACAGUGUCGCUGCAAAUUCUUCGUGGAAGGGGAACGUUGUGACACCUGCAAAGAAGGGUUUUACGGAUUAAGCGUAGACAAUCCUCUCGGCUGUCAGUCUUGCGCUUGCAAUCCGUUGGGCACGCAUCCGGGAGGGAACCCUUGCGACUCCGAGACAGGAAACUGUUACUGUAAACGUCUGGUGACAGGAAAGCAUUGCGACCGCUGUCUGCCUGAAAACUGGGGGUUGAGCAACGAUAUGGAUGGGUGUCGCCCCUGUGAUUGUGAUCAAGGAGGCUCACUCAACAAUAACUGCUCAAGUGAAUCCGGCCAAUGCCACUGCAGGCCGCAUCUGAUUGGCCGUCAGUGCCAGGAAGUGGAACCUGGAUAUUUUUUCAUAUCUUUAGAUCAUUAUGUCUAUGAAGCAGAGGAUGCCAAAUUUGGCCCAGGUGUGAGUUUAGUGGAACGCCUCUAUUCUCAAGAUCGUGUCCCUUCCUGGACUGGAAUAGGAUUCGUGAGAGUCCCCGAAGGAGCGUAUUUGGAAUUCUACAUUGAUAAUAUUCCAUUUUCUAUGGAAUAUGAUGUUUUGAUUCGAUAUGAGCCACAGUUACCAGAUCACUGGGAGAAAGCUACCAUCAGUGUAUAUCGCCCGGGCCAAAUUCCUCCUAGUAGUAGAUGCGGCAAUACCGUUCCUGACGAUGACAAUCAAGAGGUAUCCUUAUCUCCCGGUUCCAGGUACGCAGUCCUUCCACGUCCCAUAUGCUUUGAAAAGGGUCUGAAUUACACAGUUCGGUUGGAGCUGCCGCAGUACUCCUCGAACUCAGAGGUGGAAAAUCCAUACACCCUCAUUGAUUCACUGGUUCUCAUGCCAUAUUGCAAGUCCCUGGACCUCUUCACGGUUGGAGGCAGAGGUGAUGAUGUGACAACCAACAGCGCCUGGGAAACCUUCCAGAGAUAUCGCUGCCUGGAGAACAGCCGGAGCGUCGUCAAAACUCCCAUGACUGACGUUUGCAGGAACAUAAUUUUUAGCAUCUCAGCCCUGCUGCAUGAAACCGCAUUGGCUUGCCAGUGUGACCCACAAGGGUCACUGAGUUCAGUAUGUGAUCCCAAUGGAGGCCAUUGUCAAUGUCGCCCAAAUGUUGUUGGCCGAAGAUGCGAUAAAUGUUCCCCUGGCACUUUCGGCUUUGGACCCACUGGAUGCAAACCCUGCGAGUGUCACGCCCAAGCUUCUGUAAAUGCCUUCUGCCAUCCGGAAACCGGGCAGUGUCAGUGUUUCCAUGGAAUUUACGGCCGUCAGUGUGACACUUGUCUGCCAGGAUUUUGGGGGUUCCCGAGCUGUCAACCCUGCCAAUGCAACGGUCACGCGGAUGAGUGCGAUCCCUACAGCGGGCAGUGCUUGAAUUGUCGUGAUUACACCUCGGGCGCCAACUGUGAGAGGUGCCUCUCUGGUUUUUAUGGAGAUCCAGUCUUGGGAUCAGGCGAUCACUGCCGUCCUUGUCCUUGCCCAGAUGGACCGGAAAGUGGGCGCCAGUUUGCCAACGGAUGUUAUCAAGACCGGAUUACGUUACAGGUGGUGUGCGUUUGUGAGAGAGGAUAUAAAGGAAGCAGAUGCGACGAAUGUGCCUCGGGCUUUUUCGGAAACCCUGAAGAGGUUGGCGGGAGAUGCUAUCCCUGCCAGUGUAACAACAACAUCGACUCCUCUGAUCCGGAAGCUUGUGACAAAAAGACCGGGUUGUGUCUCAGGUGUCUGUUCCACACCCAAGGCGAACACUGCCAAGAAUGUAAACCUGGCUACUACGGAUGGGCUCUUCAACAGGAUUGUAGGAAAUGUGUCUGCAAUUACCUCGGAACGGUGGGUCACCGUUGCAACGGCUCCGAAGACUGUGACUGCGAGAAAGAAACGGGCCAGUGCCAAUGUCUCCCCAAUGUGGUUGGGCAGAAUUGCGAUCAUUGCGCCCCGAACACAUGGAAACUGAGCAGCGGGACCGGAUGCGAAACCUGCACCUGUAGUCCGGAGCAUUCCUUUGGCCCGUCUUGCAACGAGUUCACCGGGCAGUGCCAAUGUAUGCCAGGAUUCGGGGGACGGACCUGUACAGAAUGUCAGGAAUAUUUCUGGGGUGACCCUACCAUAGGCUGCCAAGCUUGUGAGUGUGAUUCGCGAGGCAUCCAGACUCUGCAGUGUAACCGGUCGACUGGCCAAUGCAUCUGCAAGGAAGGCAUCGAAGGUCCCCGUUGCAAUAAAUGCACCCGAGGCUACUCGGGAACUUUUCCAGACUGCGCUCCUUGCCAUCAGUGCUUUGCUCUCUGGGAUGUCAUCGUCACCGAGUUGACAAAUAAGACCCACAGGUUCCUGGAACGAGCCAAAGUCCUGAAGAUCACGGGGGUGAGCGGCCCCUACCAAGAGACCCUCAACUCGGUGGAGGAGAAGCUGAACGAGAUCAAAAGCAUCAUUGCUCAAAAUCCGGCGACGGAGCCCCUUAAGAACAUCGGUGACCUCUUCGAAGAAGCAGAGAAGCUGAAAGCAGAUGUCGCCCAAAAGAUCAUUGAAGUGGAGGAAAAAAUCUCUACCGCGGCAAACGAAAGCAGUAUCGCGGAGGCCGGGCUGACGGCUUUGGAGGCCGAUGCCAAGAGCUUACACAACGCUGUGAAAGAACUCGCUGAGCAGCUGGAGUUCAUAAAAAUCUCGGAUAUUCGAGGCGCCUUGGACAGUAUCACCAAAUAUUUCCAGAUGUCCCUGGAGGCGGAAAAAAGAGCCAACGCUUCGGUUUUGCUUCCUGGGAGCCUCAUUGAACAAUCCGCCGAAAUGCGCCUCGAGGUGGAGAGUUUGAUCAACGAGACGGCGGCCAGCUUCCAGGCUACACAGGAAGAGCAAUCCCGUCUCUUGGAUGAACUGGGGGGCAAACUGCAGAGUCUGGAUUUGGCUGAAGUGUCAGAGAAGAUGUGCGGGACUGCUCCGGGGUCUUCCUGUGCCGAUUCCCCCUGUGGUGGAUUGAGCUGCCAAACUGAAGAUGGAGCGAAGAAAUGCGGAGGCCCCGGGUGCAAAGGUCUGGUGACGGUGGCCCACACCGCCUGGCAGAAAGCCAUCGAUUUUGACCGAGACAUCUUGAGCGCUCUGGCGGAGGUGGAACAGCUCUCCAAAAUGGUUUCGGAAGCCAAACAAAGAGCCGACGAGGCCAAGCAGAAUGCGCAAGACGUUUUGCUGAAGACCAACGCCACCAAGGAGCAGGUAGACCGGAGCAACAAGGACCUCAGAAAUCUGAUUCACCAGAUCAGAGAUUUUUUAAUGAAAGACGGGGCCGAUCUGGACAGCAUCGAAGCCGUUGCUAACGAAGUCCUCAACCUGGAAAUGCCCAGCACACCCGAGCAGCUACAAACCCUGGCAGAUAACAUACGUGACCGUGUCGAAAGCCUGUCAGAUGUGGAGACUGUCCUUCAGCAAAGUGCCGGAGAUAUCGCAAGGGCAAAAACCUUGUUAGAUGAAGCUAAGAAAGCCAGUAAAAGCGCCACGGAUGUGAAAGUCACAGCGGAUAUGGUCAGACAGGCUCUCGAAGAAGCUGGGAGAGCCCAAACCACAGCUGAAGACGCCAUCAAACUAGCCGAGAAAGAUAUCGAAGGAACGCAAGGCUUGCUUGCCUCUAUUGCAUCGGAGACCGGCUCCGUGGAAGACCGUUUGGGGAACGCGACCCUGCGCAUUGCAGAACUAGAGAAGAACGUGGAAACGCUGAGACGGAAAGCUGCUACCAACGCAGAAGAUAUCAAAGCCGCGGAAGAAAAUAUCGCGGUGGUUAAUCAAACAACCGCUGACGUUCAAAAAAUACUAGACGACAGCGUGAGUGAGAAAUACAAAACGGUAGAAAACUUAAUUGCCAAGAAAACUGGCGAGUCCGCGAACGCCAGAAAGAAAGCGGAAGAGCUGCAAAACGAAGCAAAGAUUUUGUUAGAGCAAGCGAACAGCAAACUUCAGCUUCUCAAAGAACUGGAAGACAGGUACGAAAAAAACCAAAAAAUCCUGGAAGACAAAGCUAAACAAGUAAUGGAGCUGGAGGAAACCGUCAGAGGCCUCUUGCAAGCCAUUAGUCAAAAAGUUGCGAUUUAUAGCACCUGCUAGAAAUCGGGAAAAGAAACGAAAGAAGGGGGAGGGGAAAAAAAACCCAAACAAAAUAUAUUUCCUUUGAAGAUAGGGCUUCAACGGAUGGAUGAACCUGUCGUAAUCUGACCAGAUACCAGUUUUUUUCUUCUCCUUUUGUAAAAUAAAAAACACUACUUUGUAA